CCAACACCUGCCCGCACCCCGCCUCUGAGCCCGCGUAUCCUUCUUUUCUUCUUCUCUCGCAACUUGAUCCCCACUACGCUAGAACGUGACGCCCACGAAAGGAGAGGCACCAGAGGCACGUACACACACUCACGCACACAAGGUUCAUUUCCGUGUGCCGCCCACCCCGCCGCCGUUGCCGUCUGUGCAUAGCCGCGUCCUCAACAACGUUGACCAGCAUCAUUGAUGGCAUCGGCUCGCACCACCCUCUCCCCCAACCACGGACAGCUCAACGUCUUUGGCACCUCUCCAGGAGGGAGCAGUGACGUCUCCAACGAAGCAAUCGGUCAUACCACGCCCAGCGCUCGAUAUACCAGUCUCUCGUCCAGCAUGGCCUCCGACGCACCGACCAUGUCGUCGUCCAACGCACCGCCCCUCGCCGCCUUUCCCACUCGUCCCUCGAUGAGCUCGAGAAGAUCAACAGAGGAGCGAACUUCUACCACGAGCGAGUCGGCCAAUAUGACGGCAUCCACUACCGCAACGACGAUAGCUGGGUCAUCGUCCAAGAUGCCAUUCUCGCCAACAGCAUACAAUCAGCAGCAGCAACAGCAGCAGCAGCCGACGCAGCGAGAGAUCGUGCCGACCACAUUCGAUGAGGCGACACUGAGAGCAUUAUGUGACACAGAUGUCGGCUUGCCCCUUCUCUACGAGCGCAUCAAACAGUCAAUGAACUCAUGUCGCGAAGCCGCCAACUUCUUCAAGAAGCGUGCCGUCCUCGAAGAAGAGUAUGGUCGUUCGCUCCUCAAGCUGUCCAAGGCUUCGCUCGAAUCGUACGGCUCCGUAGACGGCAAGGCAGGCAGCUACGUCUCCUCCUAUCACACCAUCUUGUCCACGCAUGAACACCUAGGAGAGAGCAGGCUGAAGUUUGCGCAGAGGCUGGGCGAGAUGAGCGAAGAGCUCAACAACUUGAUCAAAGAGGUAGACCGUAAUCGCAAGACGGCAAAGGAUACUGGCGUGAGGCUGGAGCGUAACCUCGUCGAGGCAGAGGCGUCGGUAGAGAAGGCGCGCGCCCGAUUCGACUCGGCCGCCGAGGACCUGGAGCGUAUCCUCCUGGUAAAGUCGGGCGAGUCAGGGAAGGGAGGGGAGCUCGCUGCGUCGCAUGCUGCUUCGGGAUCUUGGAGCGGUGGAUCGGGUGGGUCACAGAAUCUCGUCGCUACAAAGGGCAGGUCCCUGGGUAAAGCGAUAGGCAAGGGGGGAAUGCUGUUCAAGAAUUCUAAGAACCCACAGCAGCUUAUGCGGCAGGAGGAGGAGACCAGGAUGAGGACAUCACAGCUUUCCGAUACCUUUAGAAGGGAGGUUUUACAGACGCAGCAGAUGAGGCAGGAGUGGUUCAACCUCCAACUUCCUCGCAUUCUACGCAGCCUCAAAGAGUCAGCAGACGAGAUUGACAAUGGCCUCCAAUACCACCUCGCACGCUACGCCUACCUAUACGAGUCAACCGUCCUCGCCGAUGGCAUGGUCAUCACCCCUGUGGGCGACGCGGGAACUUCCUCCUCCACACCAUCAACCCCCGCGCAGACGUCGUCUGUCGGCCUGAAACAAGCCGCAGAAUUCAUCGACAACCGCUCCGACUUUAAGACAUUCAUGCAGAACUAUACCGUGUUGCACGCGCGGGAUUAUAAGGGACCGAGAAGGGAGGGGCAGUACGAGGAUGGAGGGGCGAGCGUGUUCGGUGCAGGAUCGUCGAGCCACAACAACAACGGGCACGGCGGCGGCUCCUCGAACAAUGGCGCAGCCUCCCAGCAUCAGCCUUCCCGCCCCAUCUUUGGCGUCGACCUAGCGACGCAGAUGGCUCGCGACAACGUGGAGGUGCCCGGCAUCCUCGAGAAGUGCUGCGCAGCUGUCGAGCAAGUAGGCAAAGAGAAUAUGGGAAUCUACCGUCUGAGCGGGACGACCUCCAAAGUCCAACGACUUAAGGCCAAAUUUGAUGCCGACUGGACGUCUGUCGAUCUCUUCAAUGAGGACGACGGCGAAGCCCUUUCGGAUAUCAAUAUCGUCUCUGGCUGUCUCAAGCUUUGGUUCCGUGAGCUCCCCGAGCCCUUGCUCACUUGGGAGCUCUAUCGUCCAUUCAUUGACGCGGCGAAAGUGGAGAACGAUCGACUGAGGCAUAUUAGGCUGCACGAGGUGGUCAAUCUGCUGCCGGACGCCAAUUACUCUACACUUAAGGCGCUUAUGGGGCAUCUGGAUAGGGUCAAGGGGGCAGAGGAUGUCAAUCAGAUGAGCGCGAGCAAUCUAGCCAUCGUGUUUGGACCGACAUUGCUGGGUCCACCGCCGAAGGGCAUGGUGUUUGAGAACCAGCAGGGAGAAGACGGAGCUGCUGAUUCGACGGAUCAGGAUACGUCGGCGACAGGAGGCGCAGAUGACGAUGGCUCUGGAGGAGCGCUGGCGGAUAUGGCUUCGCAGAGCAAGGCCGUCGAGACCAUCUUGGUGCACUAUCGCGACAUCUUCCUGGAGGACGACGAGAUUGAGGCGGCUGAGCAGGAGGAGCAAAGGGCGAGGAGAGAGAGGGAUGCGGCGUGGGCUAAUGUGGGGGCGUAGUCAGGGCCACCGAACGGAGGGCAAGACGCAUACGAUCGGAUACGAUAGACGGGCUGCUUCUACUCGCCUCAUCCUUCAGCGCCUCGUCGAGAAGGACAACAGUACCUCCCUCACUCAUAAUGUUUUUGCCCCCAUGACUCUUCCCCCUUCCCCUUCGUCGUCGCGGCCCUCGCGCGGCGCUACCUGUUGCCCCUUACACCGUUGUGCAAUGACUCAAUUCAUACCUUUUGGGCCCGCGAUCGACC